AUGGCGUCUGGAUCUGACACUCAAGAGCCAAUGGAUGUCGGCCUGCUCGAACCAAAGACACCAGAGCGAAUCCAUGUAGACAGAACUACAAGCACACCUCUUGUGUCUGCUGUGUCCAGCCCCACACCAGCCAAGGCUUCCAGCAGUAUCAGUUCCGACACACCAGGGCGAUUUGAACAGUCGCGCACGGGCUCUUCCGUUUGUCUGUUCACAAGCUUGACUCCGAACACUAGCAGGCCUGACCCCAUGGACACAACCCCCAGUGGCUCAACUCCAAGCACCAGCAGAUGUGAACCUUUGGUAAGAAUUAUACUCGACGUGGAAAAGAAUUGCAUGUUCAUAACUAAUACGUUAAGAUUCCACUGUAGGUGCUGA